AUGGGUCUGUCAUUCACGAAGCUCUUCAGCCGGCUUUUUGCCAAGAAAGAGAUGAGGAUUCUUAUGGUGGGUCUCGACGCAGCUGGUAAGACCACCAUCUUGUACAAGCUCAAGCUGGGAGAGAUCGUCACAACCAUUCCUACAAUCGGAUUUAAUGUUGAGACUGUGGAAUACAAGAACAUUAGCUUCACCGUCUGGGAUGUUGGGGGUCAGGACAAGAUCCGACCCUUGUGGAGACACUACUUCCAGAACACCCAGGGACUGAUCUUUGUGGUUGAUAGCAAUGAUCGUGACCGUGUUGUGGAGGCCAGGGACGAACUCCACCGCAUGUUGAACGAGGAUGAGUUGAGGGAUGCUGUUCUCCUUGUUUUUGCAAACAAGCAGGAUCUUCCUAAUGCCAUGAAUGCUGCUGAGAUCACUGAUAAGCUCGGCCUUCAUUCCCUUCGUCAGCGCCACUGGUAUAUCCAGAGCACCUGUGCUACAUCCGGUGAAGGGCUUUACGAGGGACUGGAUUGGCUGUCCAAUAACAUUGCAAACAAGGUAUAUACCCUACAGUUUCAACUGAUUCGUGUGAACGGUAGCUUCAGUAUCACAAUUCCUAACUUUUUUGUGCUUGAAUCUUCUCAGGCAUAG